GGGACUAAUUCAUUAAGAGGGAGGCAUUGCCAGUCCUUGGGCCAGUGUACUGAGACCGUUUUGCCCGUGUUUUGAUGCUUUCACUGGCACGUGACUCCCUAUUGUAGUUGCAGUGAUACUGACACUUCUCUAUACAUUUUUAUUAACCAUAUACAUAUUUUUUUUGCACAUUAUCCCUAUAUAAUAUAUUUAGUGUAACAUUAGUGCUGCUUAUAUCAGAGUUAUAGGUUCCUUAUUCUUUAGCCAUUACUGAAAUGGAUGGUCUGGAAACUCUGGUCAAUGCCAAAGGGGCUGCUGUAAGCUGCUUUAUAUUGGGUCUGAGGGGAGUUGUUUGAACCUCUGAAUACUAGUCCAGACAUGGGCAGCUGGGUAAUGAUUGGAAGAAAGGGAAUGCAUUAUGGCAGCACUUUUGGGGCAAUAUAAUAAUAGUCACAAAGUUUGUACCAGGUCUAGUAUCACAUGGCAGCCAAUCAGAUGCUUGGUUUCCACUGAUAUCCCAUGAUGCAGUUAGCUGCACAGCUACAGAUCCCUGCCUGUUGCCUGCUCUCUCUCUGUAAGUACAUUUUCCUGCAUCAUUAAGCAGUUUCCAUGAGAUGUUUUUAAUUCCAUGUUCUUUUCUUUUACAGGAGAAAAGGUGAUGGGUUGCUGUCACACUAUUUUUUCUAAAUCCAAGGUAAAGGGAUUCUCUUCUCUUUUUCAAUAUAUGCAUGUAAGAGAAUGCCCAUGCCCACCAUCUUAAUGCCCAUAAUGGCACAGGGCAAAGUGUGCACUAUUCACAUAUGGGCAUAAAACUUUCACUUAGGUUAUAGCAUAGCUUGUGUAUAGUUGCAAACACAAUAUUUUACUGGGCAAAAAUUAACAUGGUCACUUGAUGGUCACACAGAUUUUUUUGUACUCAGCACAUUGCCCACAUAUAUAAAUGAGCUCUUGUGUGUUUGUUUAAUAUUCUGCCUGUCAUUUAAUAUUCUGCGUGUCUUCACCUUUACAGAACUAUUCCGAUUUUGAACCUAUAUUUGUGAAGAUUCAUGAAAUUACUGAUGUGCUGGAGCCUCCGGUGGAGUUCAUUGCCACUGUAGAGAUGCCCGACCACCCGGUGCCAUUAAUGGAUUCUCCUGAAGUGAUUGAGCCUCCUGAUGUUGGAAUGUCUCACACUGUUGGACAAAUGAUCCUAGAACAGGAGGAGGGUGGAUUUGAGUCAGAAGAGGACACGGUGGCAAACUUCACUGCCACCUCCUUUAGUGUCCCCUCAGCUGUAAGUACAUUCCAUGUAUUCUUUGAAAUAUAUGUGAAUAAUUUCUAGUCUUUUUAUGAUAUAUAAUUCCCUUUGUUCUCUAACAGUGUGAAGAAGCUUCCAAUGGCUCGGAGUCAGUCACCAAGCUACUAGGCGCAGAAGGACCCUCUGAUAGCGCCAUGCCCAGAUCUCUGGAAAACUUCAAUCUGGGAAAAGUAUUGGGUGAAGGCACCUUUGGAAAGGUGUUCCUGGCAGAGUACAAGGACACAAAACAACUGUGUGCCAUAAAGACCCUCAAGAAAGAGAGGAUUAUUGCCAAGAAUGAUAUCAAGAGUGUAUUCAAGGAGAAGCGAAUCCUUCAGAAGGUUACCAGCGCAGAGCACCCAUUCCUGGUUUCCUUAUACGCCACAUUCCAGAGUGAGAAUCACCUCUUUUUUGUAAUGGAAUAUCUUCCUGGAGGUGAUCUGUGCCAUCUGCUCGAGCAUCAAGGAGCAUUUGAGGAAUCAAAAGCCAUGUUUUACACUGCCUGUAUAGUGCUCGGCCUGGAGGAAUUGCACCGGAACAAUAUUGUUCAUAGAGAUCUGAAACUGGAAAAUCUAAUGGUGGAUGUACAUGGCUAUCUGAAAAUCGUGGAUUUUGGCCUGAGCAAAGAUGGUUUCAGAUAUGGAGAUCGCAGUAAGACCCGGUGCGGAACAAACUGCUACAUGGCCCCAGAGAUCAUUGAUGAGAUGGCAUACAGCAGGGCCGUUGACUGGUGGGCCCUUGGGGUUGUGUUAUAUGUCAUGAUCAUGUUCCAGUUCCCAUUUGAUGCAGAAGAUGACAUGGAAUUAUUUGAGAGCAUCAGGAACGACAAACCUGCCCUGACAGAGGAAUUGUCAGAGGAAGCUCAGUGCCUAAUACUAAGAUUACUGGAGAAGAAUCCAUGUCAUCGCCUCGGAUCCAGCGAGGCCGGUGCUGAAGAGGUUAAAGCCCAUGAAUUCUUUGAAGAUAUUGAUUGGGAAGAAUUUCUUGAAAGAGAACUGAUGCCUCCAUUUAAACCAGAUGUCAGUGGCCUUACAGAGAGUACCAGGCAAUCUGAAUGCCAAGCCUGGGGAUUAAUGCCACCAGCUGAAGCGAUAUCACCAGAGGCACAAGAGCUAUUUGAAGGAUUUGACUAUUCAGCUGAGUGAGAGGCAAUUGCAAGGGGCAGAUAUAUGGCUGGAAAGGGCGGGUGGUGGGCCAGUCCAUAUACAAAUCAGAAGCCUCAAUGACUUAAAGUUAAUAUCAGAUGCCCCAAGUCAUCAGUUUCUGAAGGAACAGUCUAAUGGUGGCGCCAAAGUAUCUGUACGUCAGCCUUAAGGGGCAGAGUUCUGGACUGAAAUUCAAAAGAGACCUUGGCAUUUCAAGUACAGAGAUCCGAACAGCCCCUUGUGGCAUUUGCCAGAAUCUACAGAUUGCCACUCUGGGCCUGCCCCAGAUACACAUGAGAAGCCUCAUUGGUACAAAAUGGAUAUCAGAUUCCCCGACAUCAAGUUGUGGAGGAACAGCCUAAUGGUGGAACAACAGUACCUGCAG